AUGGAGCUUUCUCAACCAUGUUUGUUACCAAGACAACAAGUUUUUAAAGAUCUAGAUGCUGCAGCCGCUAAAGAAGAUGUUGAUCAUGAUCAACCGCCUGCCACCAAAAAAUCUCGACGGGAAAUGAUGUGUGAGCAAUGUAACGACUCUCAAUCAAAAUAUACUUGUCCAAAAUGUGCCUUCAGAAGUUGUUGUGUGGCUUGUGUAAAGCAACACAAACUAGACAGACUUGUAAGCUAUAGUUCUUAAUAUUAUUUAUGUUUUUAGUGUGAUGGAUUGCCUCAGAGAUGGACUGCUGUCGCCAAAUAUUCGGAAUACAAUCCGAAUACUUCUGUGAGGGAUCAAGAGUUCUUAAGCGAGGUUAAAGAGAAGGUAAAGGAUGGAAACAGUGAAGGAAAGGGACAGAAAACAGAGGAAAAGCAAGUCGAGGUGAAGAGUCAAGUUAAAGAAGCACAACCGCAUUUUCCACAUCCAGUUUAUCAGUUGUUGAAGAAUUGUCGAAUGAAACGAGUUUGGUUGAAUAUUAAAGAUGCUGCUGGUAAGUCGAUGAUUCAAAUUAUUUUAUUGAACUUUAGGUAUUUUCUAAAGAAGAAUCGAAAGCUAGUUAUUGUCAUAACUUUUUCUAGCGGGUAGCCAACAGUUUAGAACUUUGUGGGAUUAUAGAUAGUGUAUUCCUUUAGCUACCAAAAAAAAGGUCUUUUAAAAUUUGGAUCAAUAUAAAGUUACGUUAGUUUAUCCGUAGGUAUUAUUUUUGCUCAAAAUUUAAAAAAUACACGUAUCUUUUUCAGACGUUGGAUCUUCAAGACAUGAAAACUUUUCCGAUACCAUCUUUUGGGACGUCAAAGUUACUUUCGCUCGUUCAAGCAAAUGGGAUUGGCAAACAGCUAUGAAGAAAAUUGGGGAAUCUUCUAACAAAGCUUCAACUGGUCCUUCGUUGCCUGAAUUAGAAGGAAACGACGAUAAAGCUACGAAAUCUGCUUCUGAAUCUACAUCAACUACAAGUUCUGAAGCUUUGAAGGUUUCAGAAUCUAAAGUUAUUACUCAACAAUCUGCAAUUACGGGUAUCGUUCCAAAUUACGAAUCAGAUGUUGAGGAUGGAGAGUUGGCUUCAGAUAAUGAAGGAGAAGAUAUUCAAGGAAAGAAUGAAGACCAAUCAACGGGAUCUGUAGAUAAACCGGAAGAAACAGCUUUCAAAUUGGAAGAAACAUCUGAUAAACCAGAGGAGUCGCUUAAUCAUUCUGAAUCUCAAAUUCCGGAUUCAGAAUUAACCAAAGAAGACUUGGAAGAACUUCCCUUGAUUGAAGACGUUAUUCCAGAAGUAGUAGAAGACUCCGAACUUGAGGUAUACUCUUAUACCGUCACAAACAUUCCCGAGACGUUGACUGUUCGAACUUUAAUUAGACAGUUUGUCCGUCCAAAAACUUACGGACCGCUGAUCUCAAAAGGCGACUUGGAUCAAAUUAAAAUGGAGCCGUUUACCCAGAAUCCGGACAAUUUAGUCGUCUACAUGCCGGUUGUUAUUAAGGAUCAAACCAAAUAUUAUGGAAUCGAUGUUAACAAAUCAUUCACUGACAAUUUGAGAAACAAAUUCUUGACCGAACGACCUGAAUUUAUUGUGUUGUUGAACAAGGAUCCAAAAGAGAUGGUAAAGCUGUCAGAAGGUGAAGUGGAGGAACUUCAUCAAGAGAGGAAGACGAAUUGUAACAGGGAUUCUUCUCCACAGGUAAGAAGGAUACUAUUAGAUUGUUUAAAUAAUUAUGUGCCUUCUUUCAAAGCCAAUUUUUCGGGCUAAGGGGCACAGAAUUAUUUGAAAAAGUUUUUCCAUAUUAUAGUAUAUUUAAAAUGAAAAUAAUUUUAAUAAAGCGCGUUUCUUGGGGAAGUACGCAGACUCAUGAAUUUUGUUUCAGAAGCGACGCCCGAUGAACAACAACCGUGGUAAUAGUAAUAAGUUUAAUAAUAAUCGUUGGAACAACAGGGAUAAUAAUCAUGGUGGUAGAGACUUUAACCGACCUCAAAGGAACCAAAAUCACCAUCAAAACAGAGGGUAAGGUACUGAUUUUGUGCUAUUAGUAUGUUCAAAUAAUUCUGUGCCUUCUCUCAAAGUAAAUUUUCGGGAUUACGGGGGACGGAAUUAUUUGAACAACCUAAUAGAUUCUUAUUUUUUGUGAUAAGGUGUAAGAGAAAUCAGUUUAGAUCCUUUGAAACAGGUACUGUAUCUUAAUCGAUAGAAAAGUAAUAGGUAGUUAUUCUUGAUAAAUAUAAAAUUUUAAUCGUUUUAGACCAAAGCGCAACUACUACAACAACCGUGACGACCUUUUGGAGAAUAUUCUUGCUGCUGGUAGAAUUACUGAUCGAGAUGUUAAAGCCAUGACGAGGUAUUAA